AUGGCCCGUAGAACUCCAAAGGACAGCAACGAACUUUUUGAUGAAACCAACCUCCUUGGAUCAUGUAUUGAGAUCCUGCUUGGUGGAUUAGAAACGACAUCAACCGUAGUCGUCUGGAUCGUCCACACGUUGGCGUCCUACCCGGAAGCGCAACGUCGAGUCCGUCAGGAGAUUUUACAGGUCAUAGGCAAUGACCGAUUUCCAAGGUUUUCGGACCAUUACAGCAUGCCUCUAACCAUGGCGAUCAUUGCAGAAUGCAUGCGUCUUCGACCAGCUGGGCCAUUUACUUUCGCUCAUAUAGUCUUGGAGGACAUUAAGGUUGGAGCGUACGAUAUCCCGAAGGGCAGCCCUAUUACAAUGAACAUAUGGCAUUUGGCACAAAGUCCCUCACUCUGGGAAAAGCCGAAAAGUUUCAAACCGGAGAGGUUCCUAACUGAUGACGGAAAGUUCGAUAGAAAGCACGAACCGUUCCUUUUCGGAAUAGGUCGUAGGUCAUGUCCUGGUGAAUCGCUGGCCAGAGUAGAAAUAUAUGUCUUCACCACCUUCAUCCUGCAGCGUUUCGAUAUCAAACUGGCUGAGGGCGUCCCAGUAGAUAUCGGAUCACGUGCCUCAGCUACUGUCAGUCCUGAUCCUUAUCAGAUCCAUGCUGUGAAGGCAACUGAAACUUAUUUCUAG